AUGUUGACUGAUCUGAAGGAAGACAAGGCUACUCUGGAGCCAAUUUUAAAUAAAUGGAUGGCAAGGGAAGCAGAUUUGGAACUUAUGUGCUCAUCCUAUGAAGAGGGAGAGGUUGAUGCCAAUAUUAAAUCCACAUGUGAGUUGGUAAAAGAGUUCCUGCAAUCAGAAUUCGGCAAUGAAGUGGACAGAAUCAAGUCACUGGCUCCCUUUCAGAGAAUAAAUGAUGUUAGGAAGACCAUUCGUAGAGCAACUGAAGAGGCACGGAUUCCAUACACCUUCGUUUCUGCAAAUUCUAAUGCUCCUUAUUUUAUUGAUUACUUCCUUCAUCCUUGUCAGAAACCAUCACUUACAAAACUUGUUAUCUAUGGAGAUGGUUUUACUAAAGAUGGAAUCGUCGCUCUAAACAUAAUGGUGGCCAAUGAUCCCAGAACACUAAACAAGCUAGUGAUUUACAAACCUCCAAUGAAUGUCAUUAGCCAAAGCAAGGUUGUUUCACUAUGGAAGAAGAAAACUGGACGGACUCUUAAAAGGGUCUAUUCGCCUGAAGCAGAGAUGGUGAAUCUCUCGGAAAGUAAGAUUAAAUCAUUUGAUACAUAA